CAUCAAACAGUUACUGCUGCUGCUGCAGGUUUUUUUUCAAAUUCAUCUAUUAGAUUUAGGUUCAACAAUAUGUCACGUAAGCUGCUUGUAUCCAUUUUACUGGCAGUUCCGAUCAUUCACAGUGAAUGUGGCCGCAAUCUGACGCUGCUGCGAGAUGUAAAUUACCCACCAAAAUAUUUGGUAGAUUUAUUUCAACCCGCGCUAGACAUAUGCCAUAAAAAUAUUAAGGUGGAUGAUCAAGUAAUCACACAAUUCAGAGACGACGAGGAUUAUGUAGGAACUAAGGAAUUGGGGUGCUACCUGUUUUGCAUUUUUCGAGAACAAGGCUUGUGGAACAGUGACAAAACCGAUAUUGAUGUGCAAAAAAUGAUGGAAUUGAUACCACCGGAGUAUGAGGAUGAUGCGCUGAAAAUUGGAAUAAAAUGCAUGAAGGUGAAAGGAAACGACGAAUGUUCAAAAUCAUUGUGGUAUCAUAACUGUUGGAAGAAGAAUGGUCCUACGUUUUAUUAUUUAAUGUGAAAUGCUGCUCGAAACUUUUGAAAAUAAAUAUCAAAGACAAACAGAAUGUUCGAAAACGUGUGUUAUGAAUUAGGCAAAUUAGAUUCCACUCACAUUCCAGUA